CUCGCAGGGCUCCUUCAGCCUCGGCGUCUCCAGCACUAGAAAGGGCUUCGGAGGUUUUGCUUGAGCCCCACAUCACCCUGUAGAGACUAAUUCUUGCAGUGUUUGUGAAUUCUCGUUGCCCGCAUGCCCUAACGAAUUGUGUUUCGGCACUCCUUGAGGGGAGUCACCCUUGUGCAAUGAAUUUGAGUGGCAUGUGACAAAGUUGGAAGCUGUAAGUGAGAGGAGCUAUGGAGACAGCCUGCGGGAUGCAGUGCUCGCUUCUGGUGAAGCCUAGCUGCUCUCAUCUCCAAAGGAAGUCAUAUGAUUGUAAUGGGACUAUUCGGAGUUGUGGUAAUUCUGGGGGGCUUCUCUUGGGAAAGGGAAAGCGCAUUGGAGUGCGCUCGAGUCUCCGAGUUGGUGACUUUUCUCGGCGACCAUUGGCAUCCACCUCAAGCGAGCGUUGCAAUGUGGGGAAAUGGAUAAGAGAGGCACGAGUGCUGAUCCCGCAACCAAGAGCCUCGAGCUCGGAGGUGGAGCUGGAGGGUGUGGCAUCGGCAGAGCUGGAUAUGGUGACACCGAAAGAGGCUCAGGAGGAAGAGCUUAGCCAGGCCAUUUUGAUUUGGAGAGCUAUCAAGCUUCCUCUGUAUUCGGUUGCAUUUAUCCCUCUCACGGUGGGAGCUGCAGCUGCUUAUUUGCAGUCGGGUGUAAUCAGCAUGGGCCGUUACUGGCUGCUUCUGGGAUCUUCUUUUCUUGUCAUAACAUGGCUAAACCUCAGCAAUGAUGCCUACGAUGCGGAGACAGGUGUGGAUAAGGGCAAGAAGGAAUCCGUCGUGAACAUCACUGGAAGCCAGAGAGGGGUACUCAGUGCUGCAUAUGCAUGUCUUGUUUUGGGGGCUAUGGGGAUCGUAAAAGCUGCGCAACAAAUUGGAGACAUGCGAGUCGUUGCUCUCUUUUCUGCUGCUAUUCUUUGCGGUUAUGUUUAUCAGUGUCCUCCAUUUCGGCUGAGCUACAAAGGCCUCGGCGAACCACUCUGCUUCGUGGCAUUUGGCCCACUCGCCACAACUGGUUUUUAUCUGUGUCAUGCCAGUAAACUAGGGGCUUUGGCUGUGACGCCGACCGUGUUGGGAGCCGCGGUGCUUGUGGGGAUCACAACUGCACUCAUUCUCUUCUGCAGCCACUUUCAUCAGAUUGACGGGGACCUCUCUGUGGGAAAAAUGUCUCCGUUGGUAAGGCUUGGCACAGAGAAAGGGUCAAAAGUGGUGCAGGCGGCGGUGGUUUCACUCUACACCAUUAUCACCUUGCUCACCGCACUCAAGGCUUUGCCCGUAACCUGUUUUGCUCUCUCGUUAUUGACGGUGCCAAUUGGGAGAUUAGUGUUGCAGUUUAUUGGCAAGAAUCACGCUAACAAAACCGUGAUCUUCAUGGCCAAAUACUAUUGCGUGCGGCUUCACGUAGCGCUUGGAGUUGCAUUGAGUCUUGGCCUUGCGAUUGCCCCCAGAAUACCAGCUGCAGCUAUGUUGUGGUGAAGGCGUGUGUGAGUAUGUGUGGAAGACCAUGCCAAGCAACUCGCUGUUUUAGCUCGAUUGCAUAGUAACUAGCCUUGAAUACGAGUUCGGCUCGCGUAGAACUUAUUACAAUGAGUAGAAAAUCUUGAUUAUUCUGAGCAGCAUUUGCAUAAUCUCUUAUUCUCAAGUGGGACUAAAUUUAAGCUCAGUUGCAUUACAUUUAACCCGUUGGGACAAUGAUUCACAUGUGAAAUGCAGGCGUAUUGAUAAAAGAUCAUUAUCCGCGCAGUAAAAGUUCCCACGUUCUACACAA